GGUGAACUUCAUGGGACAGCUGGAUCAUCCUAAUAUCAUUAAACUCUUGGGAUGCUGCAGGAGUGAUGGAGACGGAAACUAUCUUGUUUACGAGCACAUGCAGAGAUCUCUCCGUCACUUUAUUCAAGGAGAUGAUGGUUUGGAACCACUUUCAUGGGGGGCACGGCUUAACAUCCUGAUAGGAGUUGCUCGUGGAAUGGCGUAUUUGUAUACGGAUAAAGGCGUACGUUGUAAUUUCCGAUUCGAUGAUAUAUUGUUGGAUGAGGCUUUAAAUGCGAAACUAGGGGGGUUUGGGUGGGUGCAUGAUUGGAAAGAGAGAAAAGGAGUUUUCGGUUAUUUAAAGGCAGUCUAUGACCCAAAAACUGGUUUUUUGCCGAUGAAUGAUGUAGUAAGUUUCGGGUUUGUGGUGUUAGAAACUAUUGCAGCCAAACGCCCUGCAGACGUCUUGGUGGACUUGGUAGACUUGGAGAGUAUGGGGACGGGGGCUCCUAAGAUCAAAGCAAACAAAAGAAAGAUUAAGAAAAAAUUAGACCCGCGUCUUCAAGGCAAAUACUCCUCAAAAGCUGCUUACGAUUGCAUUGCGCUCGCGUUAAAAUGUAUUGCUGGACAACGUCCCACGUGCGAGCCUUCAUGGGAAGAAAUUGUGUGGAGUUUGGAACAAAUUAAAGCGCGUAACAAGUAUACAAAAAAAUUCUAGAGUAAACUGCAAUUUGUCUCCCUGUGGUUUGGUGGUGGGAGCAACAUGCCUUCCCAAUUUAUUAUUUUUUAUUUUAUUGCAAUUUGUCUCCCUGUGGUUUUAAAACAUCACACUUUGACAUCUGUCAAACGAAACUUGAUACAAUAAGGGUG